CCUGUCAAUCACUGCGGGUCUUCCCAGACCGAUUCCGUUGCUCCCGUCUCCUGGAGAAACGGGGAGCGGGGCGCUUCAUGAAGAGGCCUCGGACCGCCCAGCAGGAAAACAAUGGUCACGGCUGGGUUUUUGUUUAUUGACUGGGACGUCCUCCGCCGGAUCCUGCUCCGCUGGCAUUGACCGCUCUCUCCUCUGCUAUUAGUCUCCGGAUCUCCUCCUCCUUCUCCCUCCUCCGGUGGUGGUGAUACUGCUGAUUUACAGAAUGUAGGCCUCUGUGAGGGCAUGAUGAGUGGCCCAGAGGACAGUGGUGACUCCACAGCCCUCACUCCACCUUGGGCAGGUUUAACCUCAAUCUACCCCUGAGUGCCUGCCUUCCAGUCCCCACAAACAUGGCCGACAAGAGAGAGCCACCCUUCUUCAAUGAUGAUAACUUUGGGCUUGUCCACUACAAACUGCCCUUCUAUGAGACCAUGGAGCUGUUUAUAGAGACUCUGACCGGGACCUGCUUCCAGCUGCGGGUUUCUCCCUUUGAGACUGUCAUCUCGGUCAAAGCCAAGAUUCAGAGGCUGGAGGGUAUCCCUGUUGCUCAGCAGCAUCUGAUCUGGAAUAGUCUGGAACUUGAAGACGAGUACUGUUUGCAUGACUACAGCAUUGCAGAAGGCUGCACCCUCAAGCUGGUCCUUGCCAUGAGAGGUGGGCCUAUCAACACCAGACGAGUAACAGUGGAAGACUCUGUGAAGGAGACCUCUGACUGCUUGGAUAAAAGAAGUGAUGAGUUGUGGGAAAAGUCUCUGUCCAAUAAACAGGUGACUUUUCUGGUGUACAGAGAGGGUGACCAGCUCAACUUCUUCCGGGUUGUGGAUCGUGGAGAUGGCACUCUCACGCCUGUUUCUGAGUCGCUCAGUGGUGGUUCUAUGCGCAACAUGUACGCUGAAGAGGAAGAGGAUGGUGUGAGCUCGUCUUCUGCUCAGCUGACUUUGGAGAAUUCAAUAACCAUGAACAAGAUGAAGCUUCUUAAAUCCAAGAUGGAGAACAUGAACCUCAACAAAAAGCCCAAGAAGACUGCUAAGUUGAAAGUCAGGCCACCGGCUGGCCCCAGGCCUUUCAGUAGCUCUCUCGGCACCGUCCGCCACCACCGAAUGUUCCGGGUCCUUCCUCAGAUAGGCCACGCCUCUGCAACAACACAUCUACCUCCAGUUGGUGACCAGCAGCAACCUGCAACCCCUUCCUCUGCUGCCGGCCCUUACAGCACGCCUCUCGCCCCUCACCGGAGUCCUACCUCUGGCAGAGCUAUUCCCUCACUGGCAGCUUCUAGCACUUACGUGCUUCAGGAGGAGGAGCCAUGGAAAAAUCCCACCCCUCGGAAGAUUAGAUUGCCUCCUAAAGUGUCCAGGCUGGAUGUGGGAGGGUCUAAGGUUAUAAGAGACUGUGUACACCCGCCUUUCUCUGUCCUGUCUGCUCAACAUGAGGCAGAUCCCCAGAGUGAUCGAAUAACAUUAGUGGAGGAUGCGGUUGUGAUGGAGCCUCCUAAACCUGUUUCCUUCAACAGCUUGCUUCCAGAACCCCUGAGCCUGGAUGUGUCCACUCAGCGAGACGCCAGCUUGGACUCUUUAGGAGCUGUGGCUGAGUCUAUGGCCGCACCGACAUUGCUGUCUCAAGCAGUGGGUUCAGACUCUAUCAGUACAUGGCCUAUAGGCACUAAGACACUGCAGUCUCAAUCUGACAGUGACACAUGGGCUAUAGGCACCAAAACACUUCAAUCCCAACCUGUGCUAAAUCUCCCAUCUGAGCCAUUAACCCCUCCACGCAUGCCUCAGCCCUUUGAGUUCACAGGGGCUUCCCUGCGGGCCAGCCCUUCUCACACACUUCUCAGAUCUCUCGACAGUCCUCCUGUACCACCUCGCUCUCCUCCGCAGGCUGCUGCUCUCUGUGGCAUCAAAGUCAGCUCUCCUGGCAAGCGGACAGAGGUGAUGUCCAAAAGCGAGGCGCGGGACAUCACCAAGAUGGCCAACAAGGCCUCCAAAGAACUGCUGGGCUGUGUGAGUAACACGGAGUUGCUGGCCUCACUGGCUGGCACUGGGGGUCGAGAGUGUAUGGCAGGAACACGUACACUGGGCAGACUGUGUGGUGCUUCUGCUCCUCUGCCUGCUAACAUCCAUCUGCUCCAGGAGGACCUGCUGCGCAGAAUCAACCCGCUGCAGAGAGCAGUCGUGUACACGUUUGACAGAAUCAUGUCUUUUCAGCCCUCAGGAAUGCUGGGCUCUUCGAGUGGAUCCUCCAGUUCAAUAAAAAGACAAGGCACUCCAACAUAUCACCUCCCUCCUGUGAAAGCCCCUGUUGGCUCAAAAAAGAAGACUUCAAAGCACUGCUUCCUGUGUGGGAAGAAGACUGGGCUAGCCACCAGCUAUGAGUGCAGGUGUGGCAACAACUUCUGCUCCACUCACCGCUAUGCAGAGACCCAUGACUGCACCUACGACUACAAAAAUGCAGGACGCCGCUUUCUACAGGAAUCGAACCCUAUUAUUAGUGCACCAAAGCUGCCCAAAAUAUGAGAGCUGGUAAUGGACGAUACAAGAAGGAAUAAUAGACCCAUUAAAAUCCAUAUAAAGAUCAAGAACUUUAUCACCAGUGUGUGCUUUUAUCACCAUGUUUGCUUAACCGUAAAGGACCCUAUGUGUAGAAACAGAGCAAAAAAUAGCACACGCUUUUUUCCUUUUGUUUCCGAGCAGUUACUUUUUUGCACAAAUGUGAAAACAUUACUAUUUCUUCUUUACUGUAUGUUUUCUUCACGUAUUGUAAGUAAAACAAAAAAAGAACCUGGCAUGAGAAAUACGUUGAUUUAAAUAAGUUUCCAUUACGCUAAAAUCUUUCGGAUGAGCAUAAUGCAUGACUUCAUCAACAUAUGUAUGUGUGUGUAUAUAUACAGUCCCAUGCAAAUGUUUGGGCACCCUUGGCCAAAUGAAACAAUUUGUGUAUUUUCACCACAGCCUCCAUCACAAACCAAAUACGAAUACUAGUGCACAAUUACUCUACAUUUUAUUACAUAACAUACAAGAAUAUAUAAAGUAAUUCAUAAAGGUAAUAGAUGGUAAUUUGAUUUAGCUGACAUCUAGUGACAUGUCUCGUGAUUUGCACAAUUUGUAUAUCAAAGGCUAAGACUACGUCCAAUACCUAGAGUACCCAAACUUUUACACAGAACAUGAUUUUUGAAAUAUAAAGGACAGGGUAACUAUUAUUUGGUGAUAGUAGUUUUCUUUAGCCACAGAGGGUGUGUGUUCUAAAAACACACAGCCUCUGUGUCAUCUGACCACGGAUGCCCAAAAUGUGUAUGAGAAUGUAUAAAAAUAUAUGUAUUUUAAGUUGUUUUUUUAUAAUGGGAGGGAUGACGUUAUAAGGCAAGUCUUUGAGAGAUGCACUUUAGGAAUCAUGAAUAUUUCAUGGGACAAUGAGGAGAUGGUUUACGUGUUUUGUAAGAAGUGUUCUGUUCUGAUUGUUUGAGUGUCCCAGUAUUCAACAGUUCAUCUGUCUUUUUCUCUGAAUUGGUUCAUUUUAGACAUGCAGCACUCUACUCAACAUCAUAGCAGGUACUACACACAUAUGAUAAUAGAAAAUACUGUGUCUGUCUAGUGUUGGGUUUUCCUUUGAAUGCAAUUAUGCAGGUUAUACAUGUUUGUCAGCUUGUAAGCACCACUAUGCAGUACAGCCACGUAGCAUUCUUUACUAUUUUCAGAAGGGCUUGCUGUGGGACGAUGUGGGCACUUGGGUGGAAGCUAUUUUGGAAGGUUUCUUUUUUACUAUAAUUUUUUUAUUAUUAUUUCACAGCACAUUCAGCUUAAAGUUGUUGCUUAAAGUUUUCAAUAUUUAUUUGGGGAUCCAACUAAUAAAUAUACCUGUGUUUCCUUA